CCUCACUCUCUCUAUCGAUUUUCCAAAUUCCAGUCAUCUCCUCCAUCCGAAAAUCAUGCAUUCUCUACCGUGGAAAGCCAUUGUUACUACUGUAGCUCUGAUCCAACUUUGUUUUUCAAUGGAGGUGGUAGAGUCUUCUCUAUCUCUGCCUGACAAAAUCACUAUGUUACCUGGGCAACCCCAUGUCAGUUUCCAGCAAUUUUCAGGUUAUGUUAUAGUGGACGACAGGAAACACCGAGCUCUUUUCUACUACUUUGCCGAAGCAGAAACAGAUCCAGCUUCAAAGCCUCUUGUUCUCUGGCUAAAUGGAGGGCCUGGUUGUUCUUCUCUUGGAGUUGGUGCAUUCUCCGAAAAUGGGCCUUUCAGGCCAAGUGGAGAGAUUUUGGUGAGAAAUGAGUAUAGCUGGAACAGAGAAGCAAAUAUGUUAUACCUGGAAACACCUAUAGGGGUUGGCUUUUCUUAUUCAACUGAUACAUCGUCGUACGAGGCCGUGAAUGAUAUGGUAACAGCCAGAGAUAAUCUUGUGUUCUUGCAACGCUGGUUUGUCAAGUUCCCAGAAUAUAGGCAAAGAGAUCUGUUCAUAACAGGGGAAAGCUAUGCUGGUCACUAUGUUCCUCAACUUGCAGAGCUCAUGAUUCAGUUCAACAAGAAGGAGAGGUUGUUCAAUUUGAAAGGAAUUGCUCUGGGAAAUCCAGUUCUAGAAUUCGCAACAGACUUCAAUUCAAGAGCUGAAUUCUUCUGGUCUCAUGGGUUGAUAUCAGAUUCCACAUACAGAAUUUUCUCUUCUGCCUGUAACUACUCUCGGUAUGUGAGUGAGUACUAUAGAGGGUCUAUUUCGCCUAUUUGCUCGAGAGUUAUGAGCCAGGUGAGUAGAGAAACGAGUAGAUUUGUGGACAAGUAUGAUGUUACACUUGAUGUCUGCAUGUCAUCAGUGCUCGCACAAUCCAAAGUUCUUAGUCCCCAACAAGUUACAGAGAGGAUAGAUGUCUGCAUCGAAGACGAAACAGUAAAUUAUUUAAACAGACGAGAUGUGCAGAAGGCUCUUCAUGCACGUCUUGUAGGUGUCAAAAGAUGGGCUGUUUGCAGCAAUAUUCUUGAUUAUGAGAUGCUUAACCUGGAGAUACCUACAAUUCCUAUAUUGGGCUCUCUAAUUAAGGCAGGAAUUCCUGUCUUAGUUUACAGUGGCGAUCAAGAUUCUGUUAUUCCAUUGACCGGGAGCCGGACACUGGUCCAUGGCCUAGCAGAGAAGUUAGGCCUGAACACUACAGUACCUUACCGAGUUUGGUUUGAAAGGAAGCAAGUUGGGGGAUGGACUCAGGUGUAUGGUAAUGUCCUUUCAUUUGCAACCAUCAGAGGAGCUUCUCAUGAAGCUCCAUUCUCACAACCAGAGAGAUCACUUGUGCUAUUCAAGGCAUUUUUGGAUGGCAGACCUCUACCAGAAGUAUUCUGACCUACUGAUAAAUUGUGUAGGAACUCAUAUAAAUGUAAUUAAUCUCUGGUAUUAAGUCAAGCUUCAGUGGAAGUAGUUAGUUGUCUUUUGGGUUUUGUCGAUGUUGUUGAACUGCAAGCUGGAAGAAAUUUGUAAAGAUUGAUAUCAAGAAAGAAUUACUUUUAAUAAA